GCUGCAUUGCAGGACCAGAAUGGGGAAUUCUGGCUGCGACACAGGGAAGGAAAGAUGCUUUAGGCUAUUGCUGGGGAGGGUGGUGGCAGGUCUCCAGUUGUCCCUGGGGUAGGGCUGUCUGGCACCCACAUCCUUUUCUCCCCUUUCUCCUCACAGGCUGCAGCAGAGACUUCCACCCUCAGCUCACACCCUGUCGGAUCAUGCUCCCUCCCACCAGGUCCCCUGCUAUGGCGCUGGCGAUGCUGCAGGACUGGUGUCAGUGGAUGGGCGUGAAUGCACAAUGCUCACUGCUCAUCCUGGGCAUCCCUGAUGACUGCGAGGAAGAUGAAUUCCAGGAGGCUGUGCAGGCUGCCCUCUGGCCCCUGGGCAGGUACCGAGUGCUGGGCAAGGUCUUGAGGAAGGAGCUUGGGUCCAGGGUAGCCUUGAUUGAAUUCCGUGACACUUUAAACAGAAGUUUGAUCCCCCGACAAAUGCCAGGCAAGGGAGGACCCUGGACUGUGGUCUUCCUGCCCCCAGAUUCUGAUGCUGAAUUACAAGAGAGACCCAAUUUCACUGCACAGUCUCAGGGGCAAGAAGUGGCAGCAGCUGCAGGUGAGGUAGGAGCUUCAGGUGACAGAGUUGCUGCAAGUGAGGGAGGAGCUGUAGUUGAGGCAGAAGUACGUGAAAUAGGAGUUGCAGAUGAGGCAAGAGCAUCAGAUGAGGAGGGAGCUGCUGGUGACAUGGGAGUUGCAGGUGUUCUAGGAGCUUUGGGUCUGGUAGGAGCUGCAGGUGAGGCAGGAGCUGCAGGUGACGGAGGAGUUGCAGGUGAGGCAGGAGAUGCAGAUGAGGCAGCAGCUGAGGCAGAGGCAGCAGGUGAAGUAAGAGCUGUGCAUGAGGCAAGAGUGUCAGAUGAGGAGGGAGCUGCAGGGGACAUGGGAGUUGCAGGAAUUAUAGGAGCUGUGGGUAUGGCAGGAGCUGUAGGUGAGGGAGGAGCUGCAGGUGAUGGAGGAGCUGCAGGUGAUGGAGGAGCUGCAGGUGAGGCAGGAGCUGCAGGUGAGGGAGGAGCUGCAGGUGAGAGAAGAGCUGCAGGUGAAGCAGAGGAAGCAGGUGAAAUAGGAGCUGCAGAUGAAGCAAGAGAGUCAGAUGAGGAGGGAGCUGCAGGUGAUAUGGGAGUUGCAGGUGUGAUAGGAGCUGUAGGUAUAGCAGGAGCUGCAGGCGAGGCAGGAGCUGCAGGCGAGGAACGAGUCUUGGAUAUGGCAGGAGGAACCGACGACGCGGGAGCCCGGACCCAGCAGUGGAGCCAGGCCCUGCAGCCUGUCCUGGAAAACAUGGCCUAUGAGGAGCUGAGAAGCUUUUCUGGGAUUGAAGAGCCAGCCUGUGGGGAAGACUCCUUCGAGAGCUGGCUGGAUCAUGCCAACGACAUGCUGUACCUGUGGCGCCACAUAUCUGAGAGGGAGAGGAGGAGGAGGCUGGUGGAGAGCUUGGGUGGGCCCGCCCUGGAUCUCAUGUGUGGGCUCCUGGAAGAACACCCAGACACUCCUGCACGGGACUGCCUGGCCGCGCUGGUGCAGGUGUUUGGGAACAAGGACACCCGGAUGACUGCACGCCAGAAGUUCCUGGCUUGCUCUCAGCGGCCUCAGGAGACUCUCUUUGCCUACGUGAUGCGCUUGGAAGGCCUGCUGCAGGUAGCCUUGGAGAAGGGGGCCAUCCAUCCGGCUAUUGCUGACCAGCUGCGAGCCCAGCAGGUGCUGAUGAGGGCCCGACCAAACCAGAUGCUCCAGAACAACCUGAGGAGGAUGCGUCUGGAGAGGAGGCCACCCGGCUUCCUGGGGCUUCUCCGGCUCAUUAGGGAGACUGAGGCAUGGGAGGCUGCCCUAGCUAGGAAUGAGCAGGUGGAAGGUGAAGAGGGAGCUGAAGUUUACCAAGGAGAUCUGGCUGCUGCCCAGGAUGUGCAGGCCCAUGGAGAGGCUACUGAGUCUGGCCCUGCCACCCAUGACCGCUCCCACCCCUACGCAGGUAAUGAAGAUGCCAGUGCAGUUGCUCCUGAGCCUGAGCACCCUGCAGAAGAUAAUUCGGAUUCUGAUGAUGCCAUAGCAUCCCCUGCCAUUCAGAGAAGAGAAAAUGCUCAGGUCCCUGCAGGCCUAGACCAGGCAGAACCCAAUGAGGCACCGGGGGCCCCCACCCCAGGUCGGAUGGGCAGGGUUUCUGAUGCCAGUCCAGGAGGGCCUGGCUGGAUGCCAGAGAGUCUGGCCCAGGAGGAAGAGCGGGAGGCCUAG